AUGCAAACGACGAGUCAUACAUUUACUUCCGUCGACAAGACUGCGAGGAAAAUACGUGCCUCUCAGGUUUCGUCGUACGAAAGACUGUGGCACACGCUCGACAUAUGGGAGGAGCGUAGAGAGCUCGUUGAGACUAGGCUCAAACCCCCUAUAGUCACCGAAAAGGGUGAUGAAGAAUUGCUCAGGGAUAAAGAACGACCACCUGGGAGGUCCGAAGCGACACGAGUCAAGAUACCACAGAAACACGAGGCUCAUACAACCAGUCGACUGUGGACAUCGCCAAAGGAGCGCUACGAGAUAUCGAAGCAGGGGACGAACAAGGAAGUAAAUUAG